AUGGAUAAGUCAAAACCAAGAAAUAACCAUAUUAAACCUUCGACUUCUGGUAAUUUCAUCACUAUUCUAAGCAUCGAUGGAGGAGGAAUCAGAGGCAUCAUCCCAGCUGUUAUUCUUAGUUUCUUGGAAUUAGAGCUUCAGAAACUUGAUGGCAAGGAUGCUAGGCUUGCUGAUUAUUUCGAUAUGAUUGCUGGAACAAGUACCGGUGGUCUCGUGACCGCAAUGCUUGCCGCUCCUAACGAAGACAAUCGUCCUCUUUUUGCAGCCAGCGAUAUCAAAUCUUUCUACCUACAGCAUUGCCCAAAAAUUUUUCCGCAACCCAAGGGAGCAUUUGCUCAAUUUAGGAGGAUGGUUAGCACGCUGUUUGAACCCCGAUAUGCUGGUAACUACCUACAUUCCCUCGUUAGAGAGAAACUAGGAAAAACUACGUUGCACCAGACUUUGACGAACGUUGUCAUACCAACCUUUGAUAUAAAGCUGCUCCAGCCCAUCAUUUUUUCUAGCUUUAAGGUGAAGGAUGAGAACAUUAUGGAUGCGCAACUCUCGGACAUCUGCAUCGGCACAAGUGCGGCACCCACUUACCUACCGGCCCAUGAAUUCCAAAACAAAGAUUCUUCCGAAAAUACAAAAGAAUUUAACCUCGUUGAUGGGAGUGUCGCUGCCAACAAUCCUACAUUGGUCGCUAUUGAAGAGGUGAUGAAGGGAGCUUGCAAGGGGAACUUGAAUCACUUUCCUAGCAAAGUCAUUGAUUGCACAAAAAUUCUAAUCAUAUCAUUAGGUACAGGUUCAGCAAAAGUAGAUGGGAGAUACAAUGCCAAAAGAGCGAGCAACUGGGGAAUCUUGGGUUGGCUGCUCAGUACUGGAUCCGUUCCUCUAGUCGAUGUUUUUACGCAAUCCAGUGCUGACAUGGUUGAUAUACACAUGUCAGCUAUCUUUCCAGAUUGCCAAUCCAAGCUGAAUUAUCUUCGGAUCCAGGAGGAUACACUAAGCGGGACUUCAUCAUCCAUCGAUAUUGCUACGAAGGAGAACUUAGAGGACCUUGUGAGAAUUGGUGAAGAAUUAUUGAAAAAACCAGUCUCAAGAAUGAAUUUGGAUACGGGUGUUUUGGAACCAGCAAAAGAUGAAAAAGAAACAAAUGAAGAUGCACUUAAGAGAUUUGCCACACUGCUCUUCGAUGAAAGAAGGCUUCGCUAUACAAGGUCCUCAUGA